AUGCUAUCAAAGGACACGGAAGAGGGAUGCCUUGUUCAGGACGCCGGCGGAGAUGCCGCUGAUCACAAACCAGAGCAAUCGACAAACGACAAAUUUUUCAGGUAUUUCCAGGAAGAAGUGACUAAGGUAGAAGAAAGAAUCACCAAGCUUCACACCACACCCACAGCAGGGGGUGAACAAGCCAGUGCUGCUGAUUAUUGCUUGGCGGACAUUUCACGGUUGUCAGAUGAAGUCAAAGAUGCAUCCACUUAUAUACCCAGUUACGAUCAGCGGGCAUACGCCUCGGCUAUAAAGGCGCUUCAGGAGAAAUUCGCCGAUGCAAAGGAGGCAAUUGCCCCGCGCAAACGAUUCGCGUUCAAGCGGUCCCGCCAACCCACUCCUGCCCAGAACACGACUGAUGAAGUAAUGCAAGAUACCCCCGCUACGCCUCGAACAACGGCUCCGAACCCAAGUCCGGAACCAACUACACGCGUUGCCUUAGUCAGUCACGAAAAAGUUACUGUUUGA